AUGAAAGAUCGCAGAGAAAGCAAAAAAAAAAAAAACCAACUCAUAUACACCUACAGACCAAGACCAAGCAAACCGAAACCAGAACCAGAACAAGACCAAUUGGCUCACUACUUUUGGUCAGACAAAGCUAGACUCAAUAACAUCACAGAUACGAUGCCUACAGCAAGUGGAUUCCUUGGAAGUUUAGCAUUAGGCGCAGCCAUGAGGGUGUUCCAAACGGCCCUCGGUGGAUCGCCAGCGAAACUCACACAGAAAGUGACGGGUUACGGUGUCAUGAUGAGUUUGACGGCUAGUUUCUACUACUUCAUUUACGACCCGCUGAUGACGAGAAACCAGGAGUUGUUGCAGAGAAGAUUGGUGCUGUUGCGCGAGCAACGAGAAAAGAAGGAGCGUUUGCUCAGUGUUGAUGAUCAAGAAGAUCGCAUCUUUACUGCGAGGGACAGAGGCAGAUUCUUCAAAUUGUUUGAAAAAUACAGUCAACCCUACAAGUAA